AUGCAGUUCGCUCUGCCCCCGCGAAAAGCGUCGUAUAAUCCCCCAUACACGCGGGCUUCACAUUCGCCUGCAAUCCGUCGCCGCCAGUUGAAAACAGUCGCUGUAUUGGGUGUUGUUUUUUUCACAUUCGUAUUCUUCGUUUCCCGAAUUUUCUCGUCAUCGAGUACCACCUCCAAGGAGACAGUUCCAACUGGGCCAGUGAAUAUCGUUGUUGUCACGGUUCUUGACGAGGAGAACCUCAGCGACAAGUAUAUCCAACGCAUUAAGGAAAACAGAGAGGACUAUGCUAAGAGGCAUGGCUAUGUCAACUUCUUCGCGAGUGCGAAAGAUUACUUCCCAUACCUAGACAAUGCUCCCCGCAGCUGGGCCAUACUCCCCGCUCUCCGCCAUGCCUAUACCUUGUAUCCGAAGGCGACUCAUUUCUUUCACCUGUCGGCCCAUGCUCUCAUAAUGAACCCAUCUCUUUCCCUCACUUCCCACAUCCUCGAUAAGACACGGCUUGAAUCCAUUAUGAUCAAGGACAAGUCGGUCGUGCCACCGGAUAGCAUCAUCAGGACAUUCAGCCAUCUUUCAGGGAAUGAUGUAGAUUUCAUCAUCAGCCAGGAUGCGGAAAGCCUAAGUCCCGGCAGCUUCAUUCUACGAAGAACAGAUUGGGCCCUAUACUUCUUGGAUGCGUGGUUUGAUCCGUUAUAUCGGAGUUAUCGAUUUGCAAAGGCAGAGACACAUGCUCUGGAUCACAUCAUCCAAUGGCAUCCCACCAUCCUUGCCAAACUUGCUCUUGUCCCACAGCGUAUUUUCAACUCCUACACUCCUGAAUCCCCCUCAUUAACGCCAGACAGCCUAUUUAAUGAUGGAGACUUCGUUGUUCGGUUUUUGGGCUGCGACGCUCCCGAAGCCCAGAAGACCUGCGAACAGCAGAUGGAGAUUUUCUGGACAAAAUGGGCUAGGAACACAAAUGACGCGAAAAUAUGA